AUGAGCAUUCGACACUACAUAAGCAAGUUCGCACUGAUGACAUGGAAGUUACAUAAGUCACAAUGGAAUCGUCCAAUUGAGCUGCUUUGGGUAAUAUUAGUGCCUGUCCUUCUGUGCUUGAUUGCGGUGGGCAUGCGAAUGUGUGUUGGUCAACCCGAGAGCUAUAAUGCCUAUUAUGAUCCAAUUGAUAUUGAGCAAUGCUGGACCGAUUUGAUGAAAUCGCUGUCGGAGCGCCAAGAUCUGAGCAAAAAGCUCAAUAAGAGCAACAAUGUGUUCAUUCCACAGAUGGUGCUGGCCUGGGCGCCCAAUCAGUACAAUAUAUUUCAUAAAAUCAUGGAUCUGGCCAUUAAGGAUCUACACUCGAUGGGCACACGCGACUUUCGUGACUGCUCAGAAAUGGAGCGGGCUGUAAAGAAUGAUUAUCUAUUUGCAGGCAUUUGCUUCGAUCAGAGGCAAUUUGUGAAGAUCUAUUCGUUUAGGGAUCAUCACUUAAAACAGGAGGAGGUGUUAAUGCCGCACUUUAAUUAUACGCUCUUUUUCCCCAGUGAGCUGCGCAUGUUUCAUGAUACCUUCAUUGGCGACAAUUGGAAGACACUCUAUCAUGACGAUCCAAAAAUCUCAAUUGUGCGUCGCCUCAACGAUGCCAGCUUAGACGGUCAUAUUAGCUAUGUGCGCGAGGGGUUCAUUAAAAUCCAAAUGGCCAUUUCCGAGACGUAUAUAAAAGUGAUGAGCCAUUCACAGCUUCCUAAGAUAGUGCUUCGACGAUUUCCGGUCGAUGGUCGCAUACAAGAUCCACUCAUGAACUACGUAAAUCGCGGACUGCCGCUGCUUAUCAUCAUUGGCUUUCUAUUUCCGGCACAGAUACUGGUCUGGCAAAUCGUAGAAGAAAAGCAGCGCCAUUUGCGUCGUUUUCUUAUCAAUAUGAACAUUAGCAACCUUAUCCAAUUCACAUCCUGGUACUUCAAGGGACUCGUCUAUAUGUUCAUCAGCUCGAUCCUUAUAGUGCUGAGCGUCAAGGUGCCCUGGAAUAGUAAUCGAACCCUGCUAACACAAACACCGUGGUAUGUUGUAUUGCUGGUGUUGUCCUCGUAUAAUGUAUCAUCGAUAAGCUUUUGCGCGAUGGUUGCCUCGUUGUUUAAGAACAGCCAGUUUGCCGUUCGGGUGGUGACCGUUCUCUGGCUGCUCACAUAUAUGCCAUUCUUUGUGCUGUGGAACAAUCGGGAGAAAUCGGUAUUGCUCAUACGGUAUAUAUCGUGUGCGUUUCCCAACACUGUGGUCGCACUGCUAUUCGAGGGACUGAUGGAGCGGGAGAUAUUCUUUGGCCAACAAUGGUUAGACAGUGGCUAUAUUCUGAACUCUGCCGUCAAUCAGAUCACUGUCUAUCAUGGCGUUUGGAUUUUCUUGAUAGACACACUGGUCUACUGCGCCAUCGGUUUGUAUAUGGAAGUGUGGAAUUCAACCGAAACGGGCGGAAGACGGCGCAAGCAUAUACCUGCUCCCCUCCAUAGUGGAGACUUCUCAUUUCCGGAUCGGGAGGAUAGCACCCAUCCGCAGAUCUCACAGCCAGGUGGCAUCAAGUCGACAAAGAUCUACGAGGUGGAACCAUCGCAUCGCCGCUUCAAAAUCAAGAUUAAAAAGAUAUGCCAACGGUAUGCGAACAACAAAAACAGUUCCCUAAACUUUUUUUCCUUGAAUGUGUACGAGAACGAGGUGACUGUCCUUAUGGGACACAAUGGGUGUGGAAAGACGACGCUGCUCCAGAUACUCGCUAACCUAUUGGAACCAUCACGUGGUGUUGUCUUGGUUUCUGAAAAAAAUACACAAAUCGAUGGCCAUAAUGCGUCCAUGCAGAUUGGUUUGGCUCUCGGCGAUGAUCUGCUUUUUAGGGACCUAACCGUCACUGAUCAAAUCCGUUUUAUAUGCAUGAUCAAAGGUAUGUCAUGGAAGAAGGCCAAUGAAGAAAUUGCAUUCUAUUUGCAGCUCUUCCGCUUGACCCACGCGAAGUUGUCAAAGAUUAAAUCCCUAACCGCUCCGGAGCGUAAUCUCGUAAGCAUUGCGUGUGCCUUUGCCGGCGGUAGUCCCAUCGUACUGAUCGACGAUCUCCACUCCGAUCUGGAUUUGGUCACACAAUCGCUCAUUUGCAGCCUCAUCAAUGAAGAGAAAUCUAGGCGUACCAUCAUCUUGGUAUCGAACUCAACAUCGCUUGCCAACCACUUGGCCGAUCGUCUAGCGAUCAUGUCUCAAGGGGAGCUCAAAUGCACUGGCAGCAAACCAUUUCUGCGUAGCAUGUACGGACAUGGUUUUCGACUGAGCUGCAUCAAGGGUAAAACAUUUGAUUUUGUGAACCUAAAAUUGUUGUUGGCCAAAUAUUUGCCAAAUCUGACAGUAGAAAGCGAUAUUGGCCAAAAAAUAACGUUUGUGCUGGAGACCAAGUACGAGGAUAGAUUUGCCAAACUGUUUGACGAACUAGAACAAAAUCUGGAACAAUUGGGCAUACUCAGUUUUCGCUUGCGCGAUACAUCGCUGGAUGAGAUCUUUAUGCGUUUCGGUUCCGAGGACAAUGAAGUGACCGGUGAGCCAUCAACAUUAAUCGACGAUCUUAGGAUGGUGCUCGAGGAGUCCGAUGUCAAUGGCCGGGCAAAUGGACUCAAGCGUACAAGGAUGCACCUCUGGGCACUGUUGAAAAUGCGUUGGCUCAUAAAUAGGCGCCACUUGCCAAUUCAAAUCGUCAAUGUCUUUGCACUAAUUGUGGCCUUGGCAUGCACAUUUUCCACGUUAUUGCUCUAUGGAAAGGAUUAUCAGUUGGAUCCGCUUUCGUUUAAUCUGACACAGUUGACCUCUGUCAACGCCUUCGUUGAAUACAUAUCCGAUACUUUAGAUAUGAUUGAGAUGCAGGAGUUCUUCACGGAGCUGCUCUUCUGGUAUGAUGGUCAUGUGCAGGAGCUGGAGACCGCAGAGCCUACGGACUUAUAUCUGCUGCAACAGGAGGAGUUUAACAAAAUUGUUAAUUUCCGUUACAUGUUUGGCGCCACCUUUGGAAAGGACACAAUAACGGUCUGGUACAACAAUAUACCACUUCACGCGGCACCAUUCGGUCUCAAUUUGGUGCACAAUGUUAUUGCACGACACUUCUAUGACGAGGACGCUACGAUUGAUGUGACGCUGUAUCCGCUGCCGUUUCAGGUUAUGGCCAAUGCAAUGCCACCGACGCCACUUAGUUUGGGCGGCAUGAUGGCCAUCAACUUCUCCUUCAUAUUUGCCAACAUGUGGCAGAGCAUGACCGUCUUCAACAUGCUCGAGCACAGCUUUAAAAAUCAACAGUUCCUCACAGGAGUACGCCUCUCCACAUAUAUAUUUUGCCUAGUUAUUUUCGAUAUCGCACGAGUGGUGUUAGUUAGUAUCGGAAUGGUGAUAAUGAUGUCGUUCUAUCUUAGCCCACAACAUGAUAUAUAUCUCUAUAUGUGGAUUUUCCUGAUGCUGAUAAUGAUGGGCCUUGCCGUCGCUACAUUGUCCUACUGUUUUUCCACCAUAUUCAAGGAAUCGAACAAUGCAUUUAUUGCGAUAACUUUCCUGAAUGCCCUAGGCAUUAUUAUAUUUACCGUUACUGUCGGCGAUCAUAUGGCUGAUAUGAACGAUCUGUACCAGCCACUAACGCAAUAUAGCUUCGGUGAGAUCGUGUUCAAGCUAUUCUUUAUGUAUGAGUACGAGUGCCUUUGUAAGGAUGACAAUAUUCGGUUCAUCUCCAUAGAGGUCGAGAAUUGUGCGGUGAAUCCCCACUGUUGCAUCUCGUACAGCUAUGUCAAAGGGAAUUUUGGUCUUAUCUUCGAUAUGAUUAUGAUGAUAUGUUCAAUUUGCGUACCGCUUAUUAUCUUUGUUUUGAGGGAGUACUAUUCGCUUAUGGCGUGGACAUUCAUGAACCGAGGAAUAUCAAAAAAGAAGCAUCGGGCACGCCACGAGGGCCUCGGUGACGAUAUGGGCGAUGAGUCCGUAAUUGCUGAGCGACUUCGUAUCGACAAGCUCACCAAGCAGGAGAGAGCUGACACGGCGGCUAUUUGCCAGAACGUUGGCAAACGAUUUGGCAAGAAGAGGGUGCUAGUCCGCAUCGAUCUAUGCGUAUCCAGGGCCGAGUGCAUUGGUUUUAUGGGCUACAACAAUACCGGCAAGACAACACUUAUCAAAACGCUGGUGGGCGAGAUGCAUCCGUCUCAUGGUCGCAUUUGGAUAGGUGGCCACAGCAGGAAACAACAGCGCAUCGAAUGCUAUCCCCUAGUCGGCUACUGUGCCCAGCAACACGUGCUGCCGUGUGAAUUGACGCCACGCGAGCUGCUUCACACUCAGGCCAAUCUGCACGGGCUGCCCAAGCAAAGUUGCUCACAGAUCUGUGAGGGGCUGGCGAGUGUGUUGGGAUUUUACGUUUGCUAUAAACAAUUGAUGCGCCUUUGCACUACCGGGCAGCAUCGUCGCAUCGCCUUCGCUCUUGCCAUACUCGGUGAUCCGCGACUUGUGUGCGUGGAUGGGCCACCGGGCGGCAUCGAUCCCAAUGGCAAGCGUAUCAUGUAUAUCGUCACGACCUUCAUGCAGCAACGUGGCUGCAGCUUCCUCUACACAAAUCUCACGGGCUUGGACUGCGAACGCAUGUGCCAUCGCUGCCCGGUGCUACACGAUGGCCAGCUGUCGGCAAUGGGCUCACAGGCGCAGCGCUAUAAAAGUGGCUAUCUGCUGGAGGUUGUUUUCAAGCGGAAAGUGAGUGCGGACAUAAACACCGCGAGGAACACCUGGGAUCGCAUUAAUAAAUUUCCCGUAUCGCCACCCAACAAGUUCAUUCUCUUCGUUCAAAUUAAGUUUCCAGAAGCGAAGCUACAGCAGAAGAGGGAGAAUAUUAUGACAUUCUAUUUACCUGCCGACUCCACAAAUUUCUCGGAAAUAUUAUUGACAAUACGUAGAGAUGCCUUCGAAUUGAACAUCGAGGAUUUUUAUAUUACCUGUAACAUUGUUAUGGGCAUGCAAACUGAUCUAUUCGAUCGUUCAGUCCUAAAAACCGCUCCCCCCCAUAACUAAGUAAUUCCAAAAAUAUAUAGUAUAUUAUAAUAAAUUAUAAUAAAACGCAAUGUUCAAGUAGAGAUGCCAACAUGUCACAAUCUCUUUAUUAUAUCCUUUCCAAAUAAUUUAAC